GCCUAUGGUAGGCAUUAUAGGUUUUUUGAGUGGAAGUGUAGACUUGUUCCUGAAGUCUAUUAUACUCUUGUAAUCUCCAGUCUUCUCUGAAGCUCCAGCUCAGUGGUUCUUAGCUCUAGCAGCGCAUUAGAAUCACCUGAAGAUCUCUGUAACUCUCUUUAGAGUGGACCCCACGUAUCAAUGUGUCCAAAGCUUUUCAGGUGAUUCCGACAUGCAGCCAAGGAUGAGAAUCCCUACGUCUCCAACUAGGGAGGGCCCUUCCCGCAAUACCAAGGCAGGCGGACUGGUGUGCGCUCAAACUGUCGGUAAUCUGCCGGCUGCCCAGUUAAACAGAUGUGUAUCCUGGGCUUUCCUCUUCCGGCGCAAAAAUGUACACGUACCCUGCCUCAGGCCCAGCCUCAUCCUAGAACCGAAUUCUGCGUUUCUCCGGCCCAAAUUUCAGAACCAAAUCUCUGAAAGUGGGCAAGCUGAAGCAGAAAAAAAGCCUCUUCAAAGCGCCAGGAGACUCGUCGUUCUCGCUCUUUCGGGCGGUGAAAACCAAGGGUAGGGACCGGCCCCAAAGAUCAGACACAUUUCCUUCGGACGGCCCUUCCAUCGGAGGACUGGAGGGACGUGACAUCACACAUAGACAGUACUUCCAGGGUCCGGACUCUGCCCUUUUCUACAAGGAGAGCACACAGGAGGAAUGGCUGCUGUGUCUCCGACUGCCAGGUGCCAGGAAUCAGUGACAUUCGAGGAUGUGGCCGUGAUUUUCACAGAUGAAGAGUGGAGGCAUCUAGUCCCUAUUCAGAGGGACCUCUACAAGGAGGUGAUGCUGGAAAACUAUAAGAGCAUUGUCUCAUUGGGACUUCCAGUUCCUCGACCUGAUGUCAUUUUUCAGUUGAAGAGAGGGGAUGAGCCUUGGAUAGUUGAUCUUCAUGGAUCUGAGGAGAGAGAAUGUCCAGAGAAUGUCUCUCUAGACUGGGAGACUAAGCCUGAGAUUCAUGGUGCUUCAGAAGAAGAAUCAGAAGGAACAGCGAGGGGAAAGCUUGGAGGAGAAGUUCCUGUGUGUCCUAAAUUUGAAGCUCAUGCACUGGAGGAUGAGUCGGAAGAAGGAAAGGAGAGCCCUGCCGUCCAGACCUGCAAGAAGUCCCUUUCCCAGAAGGAAAGCUUGCAGCAAGGGUCUACCCCUCUCAAGAAAAUUCUCACUAAAGAGAGAGACCAGGAAUGCAGCCACUGUGGGAAGACCUUUUUUGACCACUCAUCCCUUAUCCGCCACCAGAGGACUCACACUGGAGAGAAGCCCUAUGACUGUCACGAGUGUGGGAAGGCCUUCAGUCACAGGAGCAGUCUCAGUAGACAUCUGAUGUCUCACACUGGGGAGAGCCCCUACGAAUGCAACGCGUGUGGGAAGGCCUUUUUCGACCGGUCAUCCCUAACUGUCCAUCAGCGAAUUCAUACUGGAGAGAAGCCCUUUAAAUGCAGCGAGUGUGGGAAAGCCUUCUUUGACCGUUCAUCCCUUACCCGACACCAGAGAAUCCAUACCGGAGAAAGCCCUUAUGAAUGUAAUCAGUGUGGGAAAGCCUUUAGCCAGAAGAGUAUUCUUACUCGACAUCAGCUCAUCCACACUGGCAGGAAGCCUUAUGAAUGUAAUGAGUGUGGGAAAGCCUUCUAUGGUGUCUCAUCCCUGAACAGACAUCAGAAAGCUCACACUGGAGAGCCGCACUAUCAGUGCAGUGAGUGUGGGAAAGCUUUCUUUGACCGCUCAUCCCUUACACAGCAUCAGAAGAUUCACACUGGAGACAAGCCAUAUGAGUGCACCGAAUGUGGGAAAGCCUUUAGCCAGAGAUGCCGGCUUACGCGACAUCAGAGAGUGCAUACAGGAGAGAAACCCUUUGAAUGCAGUGUGUGUGGGAAAGUGUUCAGUUCUAAAUCGUCCGUUAUUCAACAUCAACGACCUCAAACUAGAGAGAAGCCCUUUAAAUGUCACGAAUGUGGCAAGGCUUUCUUUGUCCGCUCAUCUUUUACCCGCCAUCAGAGAAUUCAUACUGGAGAAAGUCUUUAUGAGUGUACAGAAUGUGGGAAAUCCUUUAGCCAGGAAAGCAUCCUCGCUCGCCACAAGCUCACUCACACUGGAGAGCGGCCUUAUGAAUGCAGGGGGUGUGGCAAAGCCCUGUUUGACCGCUCCUCCCUCAUUCGCCACCGCAGAGCACACACCAGAGAGACCUGUUUUGAAUGUAAUGAGUGUGGGAAAGUUUUCUUUGACCGCUCAUCCCUUAAUCAGCAUCAGAAAAUUCAUAGUGGAGACAAGCCCUAUAAAUGCACUGAAUGUGGGAAAGCCUUCCUCCAGAAGAGAACGCUUACUCAGCAUCAGAGAGUGCACACUGGAGAGAAGCCCUACGAAUGCAGCGUGUGUGGGAAGAAAGCCUUUAGUUACUACUCAGCUUUUGUCUUGCAUCAGAGAAUUCACACAGGAGAAAAGCCCUACGAAUGUAAUGAAUGUGGUAAAGCUUUUAGCCAGAGCAUACACCUUACUCUACACCAGAGAAUUCAUACUGGAGAGAAACCCUACGAAUGUCAUGAAUGUGGGAAAGCCUUCAGUCACCGCUCUGCCCUUAUUCGGCAUCAUAUCAUCCAUACUGGAGAGAAGCCCUAUGAAUGCAAUGAAUGUGGGAAGGCCUUUAAUCAGAGCUCAUACCUCACUCAACAUCAGCGAAUUCAUACUGGAGAGAAACCUUAUGAGUGUAACGAAUGUGGGAAGGCCUUUAGCCAAAGCACAUUCCUUACCCAGCAUCAGGUCAUUCACACUGGAGAGAAACCCUAUAAAUGUAAUGAAUGUGGGAAAGCCUUUAGUGAUCGAUCAGGCCUUAUUCAGCACCAGAGAACUCAUACUGGGGAGAGGCCUUAUGAGUGUAAUGAGUGUGGGAAAGCUUUUGGCUACUGUUCAGCCCUGACUCAACACCAGAGAACUCACACUGGGGAGAAACCCUAUAAAUGCAAUGAUUGUGCCAAAGCCUUCAGUGACCGCUCAGCCCUUAUUCGUCAUCAGAGAACACACACUGGAGAGAAACCUUAUAAGUGUAAGGACUGUGGAAAAGCUUUCAGCCAGAGCUCAUCUCUUACAAAGCAUCAGAAAACUCACACUGGAGAAAAGCCCUAUAAGUGUAAGGAAUGUGGAAAAGCUUUCAGCCAGAGUUCAUCCCUUUCUCAACAUCAGAAAACCCAUGCUGGAGGGAAAACCAAAGAAUAUGGAAAAGCGUUUAGUGAGCAUUCAGCCUUUGGCCAGCAAAAGAGAAUUCAUACUGGAUAAAGACUAUGUAAAUGUGGUACAUUCAGAACAUAUUUAUCGAACAAUUACUAAACACGGUGUGAGGGCUACAAAGGAAUUUCAGCGUGUAUUACACAAAAGAUAUUAAUUGAGAAGUCAUUGCUGAUACAAGGCAUAGCUUAUUUAGAAUGUGAAGGAGGGGUUUUACAUUUUUUCAGUGCAGCAGAGGACUUUGAAUUUCCUUGGGGAAAGAGGAAGAUUAUUUCCAACACUCUAAGGUGUAUGUAAGCUUCCAAAUCCUUGUGGGAGAAAUAGGGUGUGCGAUGAUGCAAAGAAGAGAUCUUCGCUGGAUAGUCUCUUAAUGCUAAGGAGAUGAAGCUUUAAAGAGAUGAGGGUUUCUUUAGGGAAAUUGCAGAGGCAGAAAUAAGAGAUUGAGAAUUCACAAUGAGUUUGUCCAGGGUUUGGGAGUAGAGGUGGAAGGAAAGUUGUCCUUAGGCUUAAGUAUAAGGUCACUUAGGAGAUAGAUGAGAAGGUUCGAGAAAAAGAACUGGGGUAGUGAACUCAAGAAAUGUUGAUUGAGAUAACUACUCAAAUUUGAGUGCUCCCAACCAGGGAAAAUGUUAGACUCGUUAGUUGGUCAGGUGCAAAGUUUCCACCCUGAUGCCAAGGAACGUUGGCCUGGCAGUCUGCUUCUGCGCUUUUUGUCUUGGAGACCUUGCUUAUUGAUUCACAGCUUGCUAAGAAUCAUAUUAACUCCAGGGGUCAAGGCUGACAGCCUAGAAAGAGAAGGUAUAGGAGGGACCUUUGAUGUUUUCAGUCUAUCUUAAGCUACCUAUUUUAAGCUAAGUUACCUGAGAAUAUGCUUAUUUAUAAAGAUUUUACCUCAAUCGUAUGUAGUUUGUACUUUAGAUUUAGUCAUACCAUAGUCAAAUUAAGUUGUAGACCUGAGCUGACACUGCCUAUUGGAUUGUGAAAGAUUCGAAAAGGCUUUGAAAUACUUACCUUUCACCAUUUUAUUCUUGGGUAGAGGCACAUGACAGCCUUGUGUAUAUUUUUUUUCCAUUGGAACUUCGAAGGUUAUUGCAUAUUUUGAGUAUUGUGUUUUUAGUUUUCACAAGUUUGAUGAUAUGUCUUGAUGUGGAUUUCUUUGAGUUUAUCCUGUUUUCUGAACUUCAAUCUGUAGGUUUAUGUGUUGGGGAAUUUUUAGCCAUCAUUUCUUUGAACACAUUUUCCAGCCCUCACUCCUUUUCUCCUUCCAGGACCCUGAUGACACACAUGUUAGAUCUUUGUAGUCCCACAAGUUCCUGAGGCUCUGUUCUGUGAUUUUUUUUUUUCCAGUAUAUUUUUAUCUCAAUCUGCUCAGGCUACUGUAACAAAAUAAUGUAGAAUGGGGGGGC